GUUUCUGUAUCGAUUUUCCUUCUCAGCGUUGCCGUGACCUUUCUACCGUCGCCCUUCUGCAGCCGUGACCGUCUCCAUCAAGCUCUCUAACUCCUUGUCAUCUUCUAGCUGUUUCUCUACAAGUAUGAUGGAGGAGAUUAAAAAACCGGGCCUUGUCGAAACAAUAAAGAGAGAAGCUCCACAGCUAGCAACACUGCUGAGAGAAAUGAAGGAAGGCCUAGAUGUGGUUAGGAGCAAAGUUGAGGCUCUCACUGCAAAGGUAAAAGCAGACAGUUAUCCGACAGCGGAUGGGAUGAGUUACCUCGAGGCAAAGCAUCUGUUACUCCUAAGCUAUUGCCAGUGUCUCGUGUAUUAUCUGCUAAGGAAGGCAAAAGGCUUCUCUAUCGACGGCCAUCCUGUUGUGAGGAGCCUUGUUGAGAUACGAAUGUUUCUAGAAAAGAUUCGUCCCAUAGACAAAAAGCUUCAGUACCAAAUUCAGAAGCUCACCACAGGCGGUGCGUCUGUUGCUGAACAAACCCUCUCUGAGGGAAAGGAAACCGAAAAAUCUGAAGACGUUUCUAAUUAUAAGCCCAAGCCAGACUUGCUUGCUGACAAAAUGGAGGAUGAACCAUUGGAUGGAGUUUAUCGGCCUCCUAAGUUUGCUCCUAUGUCUAUGGAUGACAAGACGUCAAAACAAGAGAGAGACGCUGCUAGAAAAGAAAAGCACCUUUUGAGACAAGCCACUGAAAACACAUACAUGAAAGAUGUGUUGGACGAGCUCGAGGACAGGCCUGAAGAGAUCAGAGACUGGCAUGGUGCUGAGAGCAAGGAACAGAGGAAGUUCAUGGCACAGUAUGAAAGGCAACAAGAGGUUGAAGAAGAACUCUUUGCCCGAGCACCUCGCACUAAGGAGGAUAAGAAGAGAGAGAAGCGCUUGAAGUCACGCAGUGGGUUGCAUGGACUUACCGAGAGUUUUGACGACGAGUUCAAGUUCUUGGAUGAAGACGGUGAAAAGCCAUCAAGCUUUGGUGGCAGCGGCCGUAAAAGUGGAGGAAGAUCCAAGAGAAGAAAGACGAGGCAUUGAUAUGGAAGGAUACAACCAUAGACUCAUCAUGUUGUUGCUACACUGUCGUUUUGCUUUGUGAUUGUAUUGAGAUUUUUGUUUAAUGUGAAGAACACACGGUCAAAGUGCACUUGCAGUAAUAUUCGGAAGACCUUUUCUCUAA